AUGGAGAAAGCAAACGCGAUUUCAAAGUAUCGCAGUGUUAAGAGAAUCACGACUUUGUUUCGCGUGGUGGAGCUGCUCUUCUUCGCGAUCGUCGUGUCUAGGUUUUCGACGGCGCUGCCUCUGAAGCUUUCCGGGGAAUAUUUCCGAGCAAUCUCACUCGCUCUAGUCAGCCCCCGAUUCGUUUUCCUCCUCGGAAACGCGAUCGUAGUUGUCCUGUUUUUCAAAUCGGGGCAGUUUUCGGCACAGGAAGGCGAGGGGAUCGCCGAUUUCUACGAGGAGUUCGUCGAGAAAUGCCGGAAGAAUGAGGAGAAGAAGGUUUUCGAUGAUUGCAAAGUGAUUUCGACGAAGAUGUGCAGGAGCAGCUCCGAGAAGUUGGUGGUGCAUGGCGGCCGUAAGCUGACGCGGAGCAAGACAGAGGACUGCCAUACCCGGCAGAAGACGGCGGCAGCAGAGGAGAUGAGUAGCGAAGAGUUCCGGCGAACGGUGGAGGCGUUCAUCGCCCGGCAGCAGAGGUUUUUGAGGGAAGAAGAUUGA